AAAGGGAAGAAGGAAAACACACACACAUACACAUACAACCCGGCCAGGCUCGCGCCCGAGAGGCUGCUGUGUCGCGCGCAUGGCGGCGGCGCGUGGGCAGGGCUUCACCGGAGGAGCCUCGCGACGUCCGCCCCGUGGAAGGAACGGAAACGUCUCUCUACACAAGGUCCUUCUGCCGCGCACGCGCAAAAGCCCGGGUAAGGCCUCGGGGGCGCGCGCGCUGAGCCGCGGCAGCGGGGCGAGAACUGGGAGGAGGGGGGAGGGAGGGAAAGGCAGGGAAAAGCUGCUGAGGUAAAGUUAGAGGUGGGGGCGGGGGAAACAAGGGAGCGAGGGAAGGAGGGGGGGCGGCGGCGGCGGAGCGUAAGCGCGAGGGAGCGGGCGGGCGGGCGAGCGGCUCCGUCGGCGAAGCCAGUGCCGGGGAGGCUCGGCCGCCGCCAUUACUAAGCCCAGAUCACCGGGGAGGGAGGGAGGGAGGAGGAGGAGGAGGAAAGAGGAGGAGGAGGAGAGAUGGGGCCAGGCCGCCGGGAGUUCUUCUGAGGGAGCUGCGGGUCCGGGAAAGGGACGACGAGCCGCCGGCGCUGAGCGAGAGUCCCGGGAAUGGUGCCGCGGGAGAGCCGGAGACUGAGGUGAGGAGGAAGAAACCGCUCCUCCUUCCCAACUCCCACCCCCCCUCCCUACACCCAACUACACCCAGCCCCAUCAGCUGCCGCACCGCCGCCGUCGCCGCCAGCAGCAGCAGCGCUGGGGCUCGGGAGUCGGGGCGGUUGCUGCUGCUGCUGCUGCUGCAGCCGCCGGAGAGGUGGAGGCUGCCGCCAGUUCCGAGGAGGGAUGGGGCCGCCGCCAGCAGCAGCAGCAGGAACUGCUGAGUGAGUGAGUGAGUGAGAGAACUGGGAAGACCGGAGCUGCCUUUUCUUUUCUCCUUCCUCGCUUCCUUCCUUCCUGCCUCGUCCGAGUCUGCUCCAUACCUACACACCCCGCGGAGGAGGAGGGGGAGGGGAAUGGUCGGACGCCUCCCCUGCUUGCUUUCUUGCUUUGGUCCCAGACAGGUGAUGAAGGCCUGAGCCGGCGGGGAGGGUCGGAGCCUGCUCUACCAGGCUCUGGUGGCGGCGGCGGCGGCUGCCAGCUGGUCACGGCCCCCCCAGCGAGGGAGGAGGAGGAGGAGAUGAGACGGCAAGGAAAGGGGCAACCUACCUCCUCCUUUCUUUCUCUGCCUGACCCCCCUUCCAUUCUUUCUGCUUUUAAAAAAAAUAAUAACCGUAGGUCUUCCGUUCUUGCCUUUCUCUCCAGCACCCCACCCCCCGUUUCUCUUCUUUCUGGUCGUCUCUCUUUCUCCCUCUCCCCCCCCCCCAUCACGCCAUAGCAAACUUUCCUCUCAGGCGCGAGUGGCCUGCUCCUCUUCCCCCUCCAACCCUUCCGAACUCCAUAGGGUGGAUAGGAGGACUUUUGGAAACGGCGGUAGGAGGCGGGGGCUGUGUGUGUUGCUGGUUGCAGUUCUUUCGUGUUCUUUCUUGCCUCUAAAAAACAAAAAAAAAACCACCCCCCACCCCCCACCCCGGAUUUCCUCUUGUCAAGGAAAAGCUCUAGAUGGGAGUCUGGGAGUGACAGUUCGACGUGGGAAAGAUGCACAAUAACUUCAGUGGGAGGGUGAAGAGAAGGGGAAAGUGUGGAAACCUUCCCAUAUGUCCUUUUGUGCAUGAGGUUUUUCAGCAACUCCAGUGCCGCAGAUUUGCCCGAAAAGUAGGUGGGAAAUGUUUUAAAUCCAGACUAAAAUAGGCCAGUGGGUGGGUGUGCAUGUUAAGUUUAGGCUUUUGGAGAUAAUUAGUGUAUUUUCCCUCUUGCUUAGAUACUGCAAUUGGCAGAGAUUUCUUAAGUCUACACUGCACAAUAAAAAAGGCAGUACAAUUGAUCCAAACAUUUGUGGAUCAAUUGCACAUUCAUUUUAGCUGCCGGUUUAGACAGUUUUCAUUGAAAGGAAUUAUGGAAUUCAUAUUUGUGAUCACCACUUAAAAAUGAAUGGAGAGCUCAUAAUAGAAUCUUUCUGGCAUGGACAACUAUGUAUUUUUUUACAAUCGAGUAUAUGUAUUUAUUUUCUUUUAUGUAGUAUAUAUUUGUUUCAGAAUAUUAACGAUUUCAGUCCACAAGUUUUUAAUUGGUAAAGUUAGUUGUGAGUACUGUAUAAAGACAAUUGCCUGUGAAAGUUAGUGCCAUGAUACAUCAGUUAUAGUGCAAGCCUAAGCAUGGUUUGUACAAAAUCCCAUUGAGUUAAAAAAAUCUUAAGAAUGCUUGGGAUUGCCCCCUUGCAAUGCAAUCCUGUAAUGUUUACUCAGAAGUCACACUAAAUUCAAUGGAACUUACUUUCAGGCAAGUAUGUGUAGGUUUGUAGCCUUCAACUCUUAAAAUACUACUCUGUCAUAGGCCCCAAAUUUGGAGUAAACACUAGUUAAUUCUAAGCUUCACUAGUUAAUUCUAACUUAAUGUUAAAAACCAUUAGCUGUUUGGCAUGUAAUGAGCUAAGUAAAUGGUUAUUAUGAGUGAUAAUUAAUCGUGUUCAUUCACCAGCAGAGUGGACUUCCGCUUGUGCAAGAGGACCUAUUCCUCCCCUUCCUCCUGCAGCCCUCUGCUCACUAUCAAAAUCCACUUCCAGAAUUGAGGAGCAGAUUGAAGAAAGUGGGGCUGUUGGGGAGAGGAAGAGGUCUCGCUGCAUUGGUGAUCUACCUGGGCAACAUUAGAUUUCACAUUUUUAGAGGAAAUAGUUGUUUUUACAUAUACAUACAUAUAUAAGUAUGAUUUAAAGCUUAAUCCAGGUAUUCAGCCUUCAUUUGUGGAUUGGUUUGCAAAUGCUAUUUACAACUUGCAAGACCAUUUUAGCAUUUUUCUUUGUACAAGAUUUUCCUUCUGUGAGUUCUAGUAGAGUAGUGCAAAUACAACCAUUCAGCAUCUUAAAUAUGUUUCAAGAAUUUAUUCAAUCUCCAGGUUGUAAAAUUUUAUUGAAUUCUUUUGUUUCUUUUCUGUUUAUAACUCAUCACAUCUUUUUCCCCACUGACCCUAUUUUAAUCAGUAAUAAUAUACUCUGUAGUCCAUAAACCACUAACUUCAGAAUAGUUUAGCGAAAGACCUGUAUUGAAGAUUCAGUAUUGUUAUUUCUAGAUGAGUUCUUUAUUUUUAGUCUGCUAAUAGUCUAGUGUGACUUUUUAACAGAUCAUCUUAAGGAAUGUAAUAAGAUUUCACUUCCUAAGCAUGUGCAUGUUUUAUAUAUAAUGUACAUGUACACAUACACACAAAGCUUCAUCAAAAAGUUCUUAAAUAGUUGUUCUGGUGUAUUUACUAAGGAUUUGUUGCAUUGCUUCUCUGAUACUAUUAUAAGAAGUCUGUACACUUUAUGGAACACUGGUAUAAGUAAAGUUUGUGAUGGGUUUGUGAAACACCUUGGAACUUUGCUGUUCAUGUUCACUUCUAAUAUCUGUUUCAUUAGAAGAUAGGUUUGAAAUAGUCAGGCUUACCAAAAUUUACUUAAUAUUAUCAAAUGAGCUGGCCCAUUAUUUAAGUUAGCUGGUGUAAUAUGAGGUGUUUAAUAUUUAUAACUUAGUUGGUUGCCUUAAUUACUUUAAACCCUAACUUUAUGAAAGGAGAAGGAAAUAACUACUUUGAUUCUUUGUAUAUUUGACAACAAUGUAUAUAUAUCCACAGUAAAUCAAAUGAUACAACAAAUUUCUCCAGGGAGUACUUAUAUUGUUGGAAGGACUUUGACAAUGUGUUAUGAAAUAUUUAAUAGGACAAUGUGCUCAAACAUUUACACUGGCAGUAUGUAGUCAUUGAAACUGAUAAUAUUUAUUUUGAAAAGCUACUUUUAAUCCAAAUAAUUCAUUUGUUGAUUUUUAUUUUUUUACUUGAUAUAAGCAAAACAUUUGAAACUAUACUAAUUAUCAGUAUCUUUGAACAUAUGGACUCCUUAUUUUAAGAGUUGCUUCAGACUUUUAAAAAGCAAAAAAACUCCCAUAAUAUUUGCACAACACUAUUAAUCAUGUGUGGCUCACACAUGAUUAAGUGACCUGGUUUCCCUUCAUUAGAUAUGGAAGCAAUAGUUGGGAAAGGAUUGAGUCUUUUCCACUGUGAAUCUGCUGUACAAAUAUUUUGAAGCUUAGAAACUGAGUAAUGAAAUCUGUAACCUGUUGAGGUCACAGAAGUCAGUGUGUGAGCUUGAGUAUUUUGUCUUUUUGGGACAUUCUGCACUGUAGACUUGUCAGGAUUUUACUUCCCAGCAUGUUGUUAGGCUUUCUCCUUGCUACUUCCAACUUUCAUCGAUAUCUAGUGUGAAGAAGGAUAUGAUUAUUCUUGCUAGGCUUAGGUGGAAGGUUGGAAGCAGCAAGAGCAACUCAAACAGAGGGGUUUUUUUAAAGUUGUUUUUAAAUCCAAAGCCUGAUAAGAAGUGAAAGAUGAGACUACCCCCUCCUAAAUUCUCUGUGUGCAAAAACACAUGGAGUAGGGUAGGCUGGGUUCUCAUGCCAGACACAAAAUUUCUCCCUUCAAGUUACCUUCAUUGCAGGGGAAAGUUAUGAAAAGAGUGAGGGGCUGUCUCAUCUUGUGCAGUGCAUUUAGAAAAUGGAUGAGCAGCCAGCAAAUUACCAGUAGUGGUUAGGCCUGAUGGACCUGGGAACAACAUUUUGGAUCCCAACAUUACUGUGUACAAACAUAUUUAGUCAUAUAUGUGCUCAUGAACUGCUCAUGAAUUGCAGCAGUUACUGCAGUUGAUUAACUUUGGCUGUGGUCUGCAUCAUUAGUUAACUCUGACUCUGUUCUGCAUGUACUUGCUGUCAAAAACUGUGUCUGUACACUAGGUGUGUUCAGACAUUUGCCUCAACAGGUGAAUGCUGUAUGUGUAGAUAGAGAGCAAGGGCAUGCAAACCCUGCUCCCAGUGUUCCAGCAGCCCUUGGUGCUCUGUUUCUAUCUUCCUCCAUGUUAAAUGGGCAAGAUAUGUGAGGAUUUCUUUUUAGGCUUGCUUAAAUGCCUUGCAUGAAUAAGGAUCCUGCUUUACCAGGCUCCCUCAUAGUGUGAGAUAUUCUUCUUGCAUUUAAACAAAUGUGAAUAAAAGCCUACAGACCUCCACACAGGGAAGAAAAUACGAAGAGCCCUACUUGAUCAGGUCAAAGGCCCAUGAAUGCAUUUGUUAAUGAUAGACAUUUUAUUAUGCUUGAUGGCAAUUAUGUUCAAUGUGUACAUACUGCUUAGGCCAGGGGUUAGGAACCUGUCACCUUUCAGAUGUGCAGGACUCCGAUCAGCCCUAGCCAACAUGACCAAAGGUUAGGACUGAUCAAAGCAAUGUCUGGAGGGUGACAGGUUCCCCUUAUAGGCCCUUCACACCUAUAAGCCUUGGGCUCCUCAUAUCAGAAAUAUGCUACAAUCUUGGUGGGAGUCUGCAUCCUGCAGCAGCUUUCUUCUCCCUGCUUCUUAUUCCCCUACCAACUCUCUGUGAUAGGAGGACACCAAAUAGAAACAGAAGGGUGGCAAGAAAAGUCACCUGCUCUACAGCUCUUGACCCAGACACAGUAUGCUGUGUAGUGGGCCUGUUUGGCUCUGUCACCCUGUCAUCUUCUUAACCAGCACAAGUUCUAGGGGUGGGAUGGGAUGGGGGCUUGCACAGUGGAAGGCAGCCACAGCUGAUUACUAAGGAAAUGGAAUAUGUUACAGUCAAAUCUUACAUCAGGUAUAGCCAGCAUUUCCUUAAAUCACACAUAAAGUGAUUUAUGUGUGUGACUAACUCCCCACCUUUCCCUGUUCUGGCUGUGAGGCAUCACCACGUGUUGGCAAAGAUGUGGAAGUGCCAAUGGGUGGCCUGGGUUCCCACUGGGUCAUAGCAUUCGUUAGUCUCUCUGCUGCCUCCCCCCACUCCUCCAUGUAUGAGCCUAGAGAGCUCCUCUCUGGCUGGGGGAAAGAGCUUUCCUCAAGGAAAGAAUUCAGGAAAUGAUAAAAAACAACAAGGAAGAAGAGGCAGUGGGGCAGGGGGAGGGCGAUGAAGGCUGCCAGGUCCUAGAGAUGAGAAGAAAAAGGUUGGAAUGGACCUUUGGAUGGGUGGAUGGGAUCCUAGCAGAGGGGCGGAGGAGUAAGGAAAACAAAACGGUUCCUUGCCACUCUUGCAGGAACGACAGAUGUCCUGCUGUGGAGUUGAAUUUGCACAAACUAAAUAUACGCAUAAUGCCACUCAGCCGUAUUGCUGGUGGGGUUAUGGUGUUGUGCAUAGGUGUCACGAGCAAGGAUUCACAAUGUAACACUGGGGGAAUGCUUCAUUGCUGUGCAAACAGGAGGAACGAAACUACACGACCCAGCAUGCAGCGAAACCAAGAACCCAGCUUCCAUCAAGGGGUUUUUUGUUUUUGCGACCAAGGGUGGUGGGGAGACUUCAGUCCCAAGCUACUCAAACAGGGAACUGGGAAUCAGUAGUAAAAGCCCUAGAUGAUUUCAUGGCUAUAUCCACAACAUAAAAAUUGCAUUCUUCCUUUCAGUGGAAUCUUGACAACUAUAUUUUGAUGUAGGGAGAUUUUGAUUAAGACAGAGCCCUGUUGGAUCAGACCAAAGACACAUCUAGUCCAGCAUACUGUUCUGAUAGUGGCCAACCAGAUGCCUAUGGGAAGUUUGCAAGCAAGAGAGCACUCUCCCUAUUUUUCAGUUUUCAGGAAUUACAGUAGUAUUCAAAGGAACACUGCUUCUGACCGUGGAGGUAGACCAUGGUCAUCAUUGAUAGCUCUAUUCUCCAUGAAUUGGUCUAAUAUUUUAAAACUGCCAAAAUUGGUGGCCAUCACUUAAUCUCAUUGGAGUGAAUCCAUAGUGCUUCUGUGAAGAAGUACGGUAUUUUCUUAGUUCUGUCUUGAAUGUUUCAACUUUCACCUUCAUAGGAUGGCCCCAGGUUCUAGUAUUAGAAUCAUGCAUAAUUUUAAACACCUUUAUUAAGUCUAUUACUUAGGAGUCUUUGGUGAGGUGCUUUAUCAAAAGCUUUUUGAAAGUCUUAAGUACAGUAUACAGUAUCAGUGGGCUCACUCCUAUCUAUAGAACUCUAAAAAUGAUGCAGAGCUUUUCCUUGCAGAAGCCAUGCUAGUUCUGCUUUAGCAUGACUUGUUCUUUGAUAUGCCUGGUAACUCUGUAAUUAUGCUUUACAUAUUUUUUUCUUGGAACAGAUGUUAAGAUACCUGGAUUGUAAUUUCCUGCAUCCUCUUUUAAAAAAAGAGUUAAAUUAUACACUCUUCAGUCCUCUGGUGUGGAGGCUGAUAUAGGGGACAAGUUACAUAUUUUUGUUAGAGUGACACCCACCACUCGUCUGUCGUGAUUUCAACCCAACAAUCAGCAACUUCACAUUUGAGUUCUUUAAGGUGAAUGCCAUUCAGACAUGGUGAUUUGUAAGUUUGUAAUUUAACAUUAAGGCCAGGAACAUGUAUAUUGUCGCCACCCUUGGCCUCAGUUCUUCGGAUUCCAUUCCUAUAAAAAGUUAGUUGAGGCACAGAGAUCUGUCCUCCAUCUUCUGCUGUGAGGACUGUUGCAAAGAAUUCAUUCAUUUUCUCUGCAGAGAAUUAAGCAUUAAGAGUUGAUGCAGUUGGGUUUGUUAGGGAUGGGACUUGCAUGUGUGCCCUUGUCUAUUGAUACAGAGUUUGCAUGCCUGAACGUGGCUGUUGUUUCAUUUGAAAACUGAAUGUUUGAAAUACCCAGCAGCUCAAAUAUGGGUCAUUCAUCUUAGAGUAAAACAGUAGCUUCUGAUUAAGCUAUCUGGUUAAAUAUUGUAGUGCUUGAUUCAGAGGAAGUUAGUCACGUUUUAGUUUUAUUAAAAUCAAUGGAACAAGUUAGUUAUAACAAACUUAAACACCAUUGAUUUCUGUGAGACUAACCCAUGACCCAAUUUAAUCUGGGUCUAGCCAUUCAUAUUCUCCCUGUUAAGCCAAUAAAACUUUAUUUAAUACAAAGCAAAAAUCAUCAGCAUAUUUAUAAAUGCAAAAUGCCUGUUUCCCAAACUGCAUUUUUUGACACUAGAACUCUCCUAUCGAUCAUGUUGAUGCCUGAAAAAGUUAACAUGGAUCGGUCAGUAUUUGUGGUCUGCUUGAAUAAAACAUACAGUAAUGUCUUAGUAUGUAGAUCUACAUCUUGGGUUAAGAAGGAAUCUGGUUAGUCUUCUUCACAGCUAACAUUGCUGCUGACAUAAUGAUUAACUGUGGUUAAGCUUGGUAGGGAAAAAUAGUUCUUCAGAAGAGUAGGAUAAGUGAAACAGCAUGCAGUUCUGCAGUUUCCUCCCAAUUGUUUAGGCUUCAUUAAGCAUCAUAUUUGCAAUAGCUGUAUAACUGAGUCCUUGUACCUGGUUCCUAACUUAUACCUAAGAUUUAUUUAGUGGCAUCUAAGGUUUUUUUUAAAAUCAGUGUUGGUGAACAAUUAAUGUCACUCUGAUUGAUAAAUUCUAAGAAAUUAUUCCCUAUUUUACUCAGUUAGUAACGCAUAGGAGGAAGAUUGUUAGUGAAGUGUGUGAUCAUUUCAACAAUUUAUAUUCUUGGCUUCUUUCUAGCAUGGUUGCCACAGGGCCACUUAAAUACUGGCUCCUCGCUGCUGCUUUGCUCCUUCUCUUGUGCAGCUGGCGAAACAAACCAAGAAAGUUGGCUUGCAAAUCUUCUUUGGAAGCCAUUAACCAUAAUUCCUGCUACUCAUGUAACAGGAAGCUCUGGUUAACUCUGGCCUCCUAGUCUGUUUUGCAGCUUGUGUGAAGAGAAAAGCUGCAGCAAAGGGGCAGGUAGCAGGGCUUUGAUUGUGUGAGUGCAGCUUUAAUGUACAAGUUUUUCACUUGCUCAUGGUGGUCUUUGUAUGAAUUUACAUUUAUGGGUGGAAUUCAGUGUCACACUCUUCCAGCCUCUUCCUAUGCAAGCAACAUCACAGCUUUCCAGAUGGAAGGAUCCUACUCUCCUCCCCUUGCAUGCAGUUCUCGGGGUUCUGACCUCCCCGGAGGAACUGGGCAAUUAGUAUUCAUAUAUCACACUUAUUUUCUUGUGAAGGUGUUGUUGCCCUAAGUUUUAUAUGGUCAGUUUAAAAUAUGGCUAGAGUUUGGUUAGAAAACAAUUUUUGCAUCAGCUAUCAUAUUCAGAUAAUUGUUGCAACUCUCAUCAACUUGCAGUAUAUCAUAAGGAAAGAAGGGAAUUUUUAAUUAGUGACUGAAUCAUCUAUGACAAUUAAUUUCUUUAGAUUUCUACGGGUCACCUUGGAGGGAGGACUCAGGAACAUUUUUUCAGAAGGAUUCAAUCAAUAAAGGCUCCUAAGGAAACGGGCCUUUGGAAAGCCUUUGACCUGUGCUCAGUGGAUGCUGCUACCUUGCUAACUACGAUUGUGCUCAUAUGCUCAUCCUAUAUGCUUAAUACACAGUACUAACAACUGAGACUUAUUUUAGAGAGCUUGAAUGCCAGGAGUUGGGAGUUUAACAAGUGGCUUCCGUAAAACUCCAUUGGCAACCAAGACGACAAAUUCUAGUGUAACAUCUCCUGUUAAUGAGCAAAGUGAUAUUCUCACCAAACUAGCUAAGUUACAGUCCAGGUUGAUCCAAAUACAACAGCAUGGGCAACAAAAUGUUGAUGAAACAAUUGAUAAUCAAGCCUUUCACCCACAAGCUGUUUCUCCAAAAUGUAUGGUUAAAAAGAGGGUUACCAGAGGAACUUUUAAGUGUAUAGAUGCAGAGCUGCAAACUCAACCCCCCUUGAUAUGAUAUGGUGAGGGACAAUCCUGCCCUAAAUGAUGUGGACGAAUCUUGCACCGCUUUCACUAGGUUUCAGGUAUCGGAUGAUUCUGCCUCCCACUGCAAUCCUAUAAAACAGCCCACAAUGUUUGGUAGCCCCCUCCCAAAUUUACAGAUGAGGCAGAUCAGGGGGUUACAGGGGGAAGAAGAGGUGGGGAAAGGUCAGUUUCAUGACCUUGCCCUUCUGCUUGCAUAACAUUGGAUACACUCAUAUGGGUUUAAAAGCUAGUGACAUUAAUAACUGGUAUUUGGAUAACACCAACAGUGUCUGAGGUCACUGUUGAACUGGAUUUGGGUGAAUAAACUGAAACAGAGUCCAGAGAAGUUGAAUAUAUUGAUGAUGGGGAGGUCUGUUGACUCUGAUGUCCUUUUCUGGAUUAGAUAAACACUUGCUUUUAACAAUCAGUUAAAUAUUUAGGAGUACUCCUAGAUCGAGCUCUGUUAUUGGAUUCAUAGCUGAUACAUGUGACCAGAACUGGCUUUUCGCUAACUUCCAGUGCUAGCUGCAUUCUCUUCUGAAAGGUUACAGAUUUGCCAUUGUCACCCAUGCCUUGGUAAUGUUUUGAUUAUUGCAAUGUACUUGGGAUUGGGGUUUUUGAAAAUAUUCAAAAAUUGCAUUUUAUCCAAAAUAACUGCUACCUGCUGUUUUGGGAACAUAAGAGAAGUGCUUGAACAUCACUUCCAGUUGGUUUCUGUGCUGUUGAGAGUAAAUAGCACCUUUGGUGGCAAAUAUCAGUCAGGAGCAGGGAUAACAGUUGGUAGGAAACAGUGAUGGGCCCUGAUUCAAAUGAUGACUGCUUUUCAUUCAGAAAAAGCAGAAUUGUUACCUGUUUUAAAGGUGAUUAGUUUAUGGUUUAGACUACAUACUUUUUGUUCUGUAUCCCUGUUGCGUAUUCCUCACUCAAGAUGCCCAGUCUUGGAGCUUUACUACAGACUUUCUCUCUUUUUGCCUCACCUAUAUCUCUACCGACUUUCUCUCUUUUUGCCUCACCUAUAUCUCUGCUUUUUUGAAACAUCAUUCUACUGAUUACUCAUGCUGGAAUAUGCCAUCCUUCAUGAUUUCUUUCUAUUUCUGUACCUAUAUCUCACAAGAGAAUACUCUCCAACACAUUUUCAGGUACCAGUGUGCUGCUUGACAUGUUGAUUAUAUGCCUGCCUGUCUUGUCCCCAAAGCUGCCUUUACAUGCUGUAAUAGUGCCUCCUGAAGGACAUGCUGUGGGUUUUUUGUUUUUUGUUUUUUUUUUUUUGCAAAAGUGCCCUCUUGUGGUCACAAGUAGUCUCAUUGUCUGCACUGGUGAAAGCCACAUUGUUUGAGAUUUUUUGCUGCAGCAAAACCCCCCAAAAUGUUGUAAAAUAAAUUGAAAUCUAAACCAGCCAAGCAUCUACAUCAUGGUUUAAAUUAUCACAAAUGAGCCAUGGUGAGUCUUAGAGUCACAUUCCUUCUCUCUCUCUAGGCAUAAGAGAAAAGAGCAAAAAAUUCGGCUUUCAUUCAGAAUUGAUUUCAUCUAAAGUUUCCUGUUAUGUAUGAAAUUACAGUUUAUUUUAGCUGUACUUAGUCAAACCAAGAUAUCCGACUAUUCUUUGCUGGGUGAUUUGCCACUACUGCCCCAUCCUUAAACUUGUGUUUUCUUACGUAUUGCAGCCUUAUUACUGGUCUACAAAAGAUUUUACACGCCUGCUUUUUACUCAUAAGAGAAGCUGACGAAGGAUGGACCAAGUGCUUCAUCCCUCCUUUGACAAAUCCUUCUUAUGAGUAAAAAGUAGGCUAGAAAAACAUUUUGAAGGUUAGAAAUUCAGUAGGCUAGGAAAGGAAACUCACUCCUUCACCAGCCCCAUUUUUAUGGUUGAUAGACAGCACCUGGUUUGAUAGUGUCUUGGGCAAGGUUCCCUAGAACAUUCCCCUUACUAUAAAGACUUAUUGGGGUAGAUGGGUACCAAUGGUGUGAUGUCUGUGACCAGCACCUAGUGCUGGAGUAGAACAAGAGGGCGAGAUGGAGCUUGCUCAGGACUUAUCAUACUAGGAAGAAUGUAGGAGAGAUGGAGAGACCGUAUUUUUCGCCAGAUGUUUUGGGACUACAACUUCCAUCAUCCCUGACCCCUGGUCCUGUUAGCUAUCAAAUUACCAUCAAUUUUAUUUUAAUUUAAUUAAUUUUAUAAUGAAUGUUUUUAGAAUGUUGGAUUAUUUUGAUUGUUGUUAGCCACCCUGAGCCCAGCUUCGGCUGGGGAGGGCGGGAUAUAAAUAAAUUUUUUUUUAUUUUUUUUUUUUAUUAUUAUUAUUAAAACAUCUGGAGGGCCGAGUUUGCCUAUGCCUGUCCUAGUCCCUAGCUGUGCUGGAUUUCUCCAUGGAGUUCCCUGUCUCUUCCUCCAAGAAAGUCUCCCCUGGAUCUUGGUUAGGCCCUGAUGGGUGACCAAUAGCACUGGCAAACAGCACAGGGGACUGGUGUUGGCAACUAGCAAGGGCAGCCAUUCUAACUACCUGGUACUCAGGAGCCCAGCAGUAAUUGUGAGGCAGAUUCACUUCCUUAUUCUCAGUUCUUCUGGGCCUUGUCCUUGAGAUAUAAAAAAUAAGGACAUGAGUUGCAGCUUUAGUUGUACCCUGUUCUGUAAAUAGAACACUGUAUGUGAGACAGCUGCCACUGACUACUUGAGUGUCAGUUCUUCUGAUUAAGAAUAAGGAAAUGUGUGAUGGUUGUAUGUCCCAGCUUGCUUCUUUACAGUACUGGAUGUGAGGCAGAUACAUCUACUGCCUCUUCUUUAUGCCCAGUGCCUCUGGGCUCUCCCCACAACAUGUGUAUAGGGGGCAAGGCCCAAACAAAUUGAGAAUUGAAAGGGAGUAGCAGCUGCGUCACACUAGACUGGCCAAGAGGAUGCUUGCUAAAGGAGCAAAUCAUGUGUGAUAGUUAAAGGAUAUUUGCAUUUUUUAUGUUACCAAGUUUGGGGUGGUAUAUAUGGAGCAUCCCUUAAGCUUUCAAAGUCAGAGGGUUAAGAAGAAAACUGCAUAUCACAACUGUGCUAGCCUGGAAUGCUUUCAGAUAUUCUGAGCAGAUUAACCAACAUAAUACAGAUUGUGUGCCACAACAGGAGAGCAGGAAUGAGUAAAUUAUGCCUUGCUAGAGGCUGAGGAAUAUGUUUCAGUAAAAACACUCCAUUCUACAGAGGAAGACAAAACAGUCCUCCAUGGUCACCAGGCCAUCUGUCAUGCAGGAAACUACAUCUGUCCUUCCUCACUACAAAUAUGGCAAUUAGUCUCUGAACCAUGAAAACACAAUAUCAAGCAAGUUUCUCUAGGAAAAAAUGAUUUCAAAUGUAGAUUCAAGCAGAACAGUAACUGUUCUCCAAAUAUUUGUUUCAGAAGAAAAAAAAGCCUUUGAGUACCCCAGUAGACAACUGCUGAGGCACUAGAUUAAAAUUAACCAUGUAUAUCAUUAAUACAAAGGAUAGUCUUGAUUGCAAACUAUUAUUAUGCCAGUGACUCAGUGUAUUUUAGGAGAGAAUGAACUAAAAUGUGGGUCAGAUAAAGGCCCCAAUCGAAAGAAGUUACAUGUUUGUGCAGAUGAGUACUGAGUUCUCAUUAGUGUAUGUUUUCUGUGCAGUGGUUUAUGCAGCCACUGAGGCAAGAUGGUUUUUAAACUGAGCAACAUUUUCCUGCCUUGGCAGUGGGAAUUGCUGUGGUGAAAUUAAAGAAAACUUGAGAUACAUAUUGAAUUCUUGACUCUAGCUUUAUUGUAUUGCAGGCAAAAUAUUUACAAUUUAGGACAUUGGUUUUGAUGGGUGUAUGCUUUCAGUCAAUUAGAGACUUGCUCUAAGUUUUUGUUUAUGGCAUAUAUGCAUAGGUACCGUAUAUUAUUGGAGUCAGGUUAUUUGGUGUUUCAAUCUUACGACUUAUCUUUGCUUAUGUCCACUAUAAGUAAUUGACACAUGUACUAAAUUAAACUUAAAAAACAACAACUCCUUGGGUUGGAUGCUGAGGUACCAUGUGUGAUCAGAAAAGUAUUUCUACUUGUUCAGGGGGACUCUUGAAUUCUGCUGAUUUCCUUCCUUCCACUGCAGCAUCCCAUGUUCUGUCCAGAGGGUCCACUGAUUCUUAAAUUCAGAUAGCUGUGAAACAUGGGAGUCUACAACAGGGAAAGGAUUGGAAGAGCUCUGCGUGUACUUUUCUGGAUCCUAUCGUAUGUGGGUACUCAGCAUUUUUUAAAAAAUUUAAAAGUCACACAUGAAGAUUCUAUUUUCAACAUUUCUGUCCUGCUUUCCUACUUCUAAGGUAGCUCAAAGCUGCUAAGCAUAGAGGGUUGGAUUUAGGGUUGCCCUUUGCAAAUGGAAGGAACCAGUAGCCCCCUCCCCCUGACACACUGGCACCACUCCUCACACUUUUAUGGAGUGUCUCCGAACCUUCCGGAGCAGGAGAUUUUCAGGAGAUACAGAGGACUCUAGGGGGAUAGAGGAAUAUGCAAGGUGUACCUCCCAUUCCUCACUCCAGUUGGAGUGCCGUGUGAAUGGAAUCUUGCUCAUGGGAAAUGGGGUCCAUUGGACCCACAGAUAUAUUAGGCAGUGCUUGGUUGUUCAUUCAUUCUCUUAUCUCUGGUGCAUUAUAAUAAAAUCAGCAGAUAGAACAGAUUAUUUGGGUAUGGGUUUCCAUAACUGAUUCAUGAGUGAUCAGUUUUAAUAAAAGAAUGAGCUAGUUGGCCCUUAGCAGGGUCAGUAAAAGUUGAAUAGUGGCUCUCUUUGCAGCUGCCUUGCGGAGCAGUCACUGUCCUUCAGUCUCUUAUUCAACCUUCAAUGCUAUGGCUGUAUUAUAGGAAUCUAUAUUGAGUAAUGUUUUGAAUGCUAAAACUUCUCAGAUUUGUCCCUUUUCUCUGUCACUAACAGUACCUAUCCUCUGCUUAGAAUAAUUUCACCUCUUUCCUUGUCCCCUUUGUGUUCAUCCUUUUGCAUUUAGAGUGCAGUACAGCUGCAUCAGAAUGCAGAGGAGCCUGAAUUUUAAUUAGGAAGAAGCUUGGAAUAGUCGUCAAGUGCCAUUACAUAGGUUCUGUGAUUAGUAAGAGCAAGCAAACUAGAACAGUGGUCUACAGUACAAUAGUUAAAAAUUGCUGCUCUGUGCUAUUAUAAAUACUUCAUUGUAAUUAUUUUCAGUGAUAUGGAAAGUAUUUAUUGCUAAUUCAUAUAACCAUCCUAUAUGUUAAUUAUUCUCUACAUUGUAUAUUAGUUGACUUUUUUUUUAAGGGUAGAGGAGCAGGAAAGAGAAAACAUUUCUUGAGAACUAUUUACAGAAAAUUGUAAUAUCUUCUGAAUUUAUGGGGGAAGGGACUGACAAUCUGAUUAUUACCUUAAAUAUCAUUUGGAGAAGCAAUUCAAUGAACAGUAGAGCUUCUCAAAUUUCAUUGUUGACAAGGGGCCCCUGUGUAAACACACGCUGUGGAUUGUGGCCAGUAUGUGGAAACAGUUACCACUUAGAUGAAUAUACACACUGAGGUAUUGGGUAUCAUUAUCAAUAUUAGCAUCUUCAUUCCACAAACAUCAGACUCUUUUAAUAAUCUGUUAUUUAUGGAGUCAGUUAUGUGAGGUCUUGCAGUGGCACGUGGGGAUGGGAGUAGAAUGGCAAUAGGUGGGCUGAGGUGUUAACAAGGUAAAUGGUAUCACCAUCUCCACCCAGAGUUCCCCCAACCUUGUGUCCACUUUUUCCUGCCCUGUCCCAGUUAAUGUAGCACCACUGCUAGGAGGUUACCACUGCAACUUCAUUCCCCUCACACACUUCCUGUGGAGGUUUAUACUUUGAUCAAAUGGUGUCAUUGGUCAUCAUACUGUUUAUUUGGUAACACUUGGAAGUUAGAUUUAUUGAAUGUUUGUAAUUAUUCAUAGAUUCCCCAGAUUUCUGUUUGAAGUUUGUUUUUUAAAAAAAUAAUAAUUUUAUUUUGCUAACUUUCUGCCUUUUGAAACCUCAUUGUUUGGAAAGGAGAGAAAAAUCACCCAUGCUGAAACAUAUGCAUUUUAAACAUAUUUUAGGUUCCGUUUCUAAAUGCAUUUAAUUAGAAAUAAGUUCAGUUGAAAUCAGUGCAAUAUUGCAGUAGAAAGAGCUUUGUGUGUUGAAGCUGUGCAUUCAUUCUGCUUUAUGUGACUAUCUUCCCAGACAAGUUCAUAGUGGAUGGUUAGCUUUACAUUGGUUAUCUAAUUAUUGGAGGAUAGGGUUCAUGUUAUUAUUGUAUAAGCAUUAUAAGUGCACUGAUGAGUAUUGAUUGCUCUUUCUGAGCAGCAGAAUCCUACUUGGACCCCAGUACACUGGACCACAUAUAAUUGCAUGUAUGUUUCCUUGGAUUGCCUUUGUUUGAUCAGGGAUCUUAACUGGAAGCAAGUGCCAUUGAUGUUGAUGGAACAUGUUCUUCAUAUAAAUGUGCUUAAAAUAAGAGCACUAAAUGCAUGUAAGGUGCAUUUAAGUGUGGACAUGUGAGCUACAUACCCAUUUUUAUAUAUCUAACUUAAAAGCAUCAGGUGUGUGUGUUUGAAUUUAUUGAAACAUUGAAAGUAGACCUAUAGGUAACUGUAAUUAACAGAGUGUUUCUUCUUUCCCUUUCAGAAAUAUGGACCACUUGAUCUGAACAUAUAAGUUUAUUGCAAGCAUGAGAAUCCAAGAAGAACUGAAAAUACCUUUAAAAAAUUGGAGAUAAAUUUUUAGUGUGUAGAAGCACUUUUAAGAAUGAACACUACAGCUGGUUGUGUUGGUAACUACAGAAGGAUGAGAAGAACACUAUGAUGGCAAAGAACAAAGAGCCUCGUCCCCCUUCCUAUGCUAUUAGUGUGAUUGGACUUUCGGGGACUGAAAAGGAUAAGGGGAACUGUGGAGUUGGGAAAUCGUGUUUGUGCAAUAGAUUUGUGCGUUCAAAAGCAGAUGAAUAUUACCCCGAACAUACCUCUGUGCUUAGCACAAUUGACUUUGGUGGACGAGUUGUUAAUAAUGAUCACUUUUUGUACUGGGGUGACGUAACACAAUGUGGAGAGGAUGGAAUAGAUUGCAAGAUUCAUGUUAUUGAACAGACUGAGUUCAUUGAUGAUCAGACUUUUCUGCCUCAUCGGAGUACGAACUUACAACCAUAUAUAAAGCGUGCAGCUGCAACCAAAUUGCAGUCAGCAGAAAAACUUAUGUAUAUUUGCACAGAUCAGCUUGGAUUGGAGCAAGACUUUGAGCAAAAGCAAAUGCCUGAAGGGAAGUUAAACAUUGAUGGAUUUUUAUUAUGCAUUGAUGUAAGUCAAGGAUGCAAUAGGAAGUUUGAUGACCAACUUAAAUUUGUGAAUAACCUCUAUGUUCAGCUAUCAAAAUCUAAAAAGCCUAUAAUAAUAGCAGCAACUAAAUGUGAUGAAUGUGUGGAACACUAUUUACGAGAGGUUCAGGCAUUUGCUUCAAAUAAGAAGAACCUUCUGGUAGUAGAAACAUCAGCAAGAUUCAAUGUUAACGUAGAGACGUGUUUUACUGCACUGGUACAAAUGAUGGAUAAAACCCGGGGUAAGCCUAAAAUAAUUCCCUAUCUGGAUGCCUAUAAAACACAGAGGCAACUUGUUGUGACUUCAACGGAUAAAUUUGAGAAACUUGUUCAGACUGUGAGAGACUAUCAUGCCACUUGGAAAACGGUUAGUAAUAAACUGAAAAAUCACCCAGAUUAUGAAGAAUACAUUAAUUUAGAGGGAACAAAAAAGGCCAAAAAUACAUUUUCAAAACACAUAGAGCAGCUUAAGCAAGAGCAUAUAAGAAAAAGAAGAGAUGAAUACAUCAAUACAUUACCAAGAGCUUUUAACACACUUCUGUCAAAUCUUGAAGAGAUUGAGCAUUUGAGCUGGUCUGAAGCUUUGAAAUUAAUGGAAAAAAGGCCAGAUUUCCAACUAUGUUUUGUGGUGCUGGAGAAAACACCCUGGGAUGAAACUGAUCACAUAGAUAAAGUGAAUGACAGGAGAAUUCCAUUUGACCUUUUGAGCACGCUAGAAGCGGAAAAAGUCUAUCAAAACCACGUGCAGCAUCUAAUAUCAGAAAAAAGGAGAGUUGAAAUGAAGGAGAAGUUCAAAAAAACACUUGAAAAAAUACAGUUCAUUUCUCCUGGGCAACCCUGGGAAGAAGUUAUGUGUUUUGUAAUGGAGGAUGAAGCUUUUAAAUAUAUUACAGAGGCAGAUAGUAGAGAAGUAUAUAGUAGACAUCAACGGGAAAUUGUUGAAAAAGCCAAAGAGGAAUUUCAGGAAAUGCUCUUUGAGCAUUCAGAACUGUUUUAUGACCUGGAUUUGAAUGCAACACCUAGUUCUGAUAAAAUGAGUGAAAUUCAUGCAGUUCUGAGUGAAGAGCCUAGAUACAAAGCUUUACAGAAACUUGCACCUGAUAGAGAAUCUCUUCUAUUAAAACACAUAGGGUUUGUAUAUCAUCCCACUAAAGAAACCUGUCUCAGUGGCCAAAACUGUAUGGACAUUAAAGUAGAACAGUUGCUUGCCAGAAGCCUCUUACAAUUGGACCACGGUCGCUUAAAUUUAUAUCACGAUAGUGCCAAUAUUGAUAAAGUUAAUAUUUUCAUUUUGGGUAAAGAUGGUCUGGCGCAAGAGCUGGCAAAUGAGAUUCGGACUCAAUCCACGGAUGACGAGUAUGCCUUAGAUGGAAAGAUAUAUGAACUUGAUCUUAGGCCAGUUGAUGCAAAGUCACCUUAUCUUCUAAGUCACUUAUGGACUUCUGCCUUCAAACCACAUGGAUGUUUCUGUGUGUUUAAUUCAAUUGAAUCACUCACUUUUAUUGGAGAGUCGAUCACUAAAAUCAGGACCGAAGCAUCUCAGAUAAGAAGAGACAAAUAUAUGGCCAGUCUUCCAUUUACAUUAAUACUGGCUAAUCAAAGAGACAGUGCUAGCAAGCACUUGCCGAUUCUGAGACACCAAGGACAGCAAUUGGCAAACAAGUUGCAGUGUCCUUUUAUAGAUGUGCCUGCUGGUACUUACCCACGCAAAUUUAAUGAGGCUCAAAUAAAACAAGCUUUGCGGGGAGUUUUGGAAGCAGUUAAACACAAUUUUGAUGUUGUGAGUCCCGUUCCUACAAUUAAAGACCUAUCGGAAGCUGAUUUGAGAAUUGUCAUGUGUGCCAUGUGUGGAGAUCCAUUCAGUGUAGAUCUUAUUCUUUCACCCUUUCUUGACUCUCAUUCCUGUAGUGCUGCUCAGGCUGGCCAGAAUAAUUCCCUCAUGCUGGAUAAAAUUAUAGGUGAAAAACGGAGGCGAAUACAGAUAACAAUAUUAUCAUAUCAUUCUUCAAUUGGUGUAAGAAAAGAUGAACUUGUUCAUGGGUAUAUACUAGUUUACUCUGCUAAACGGAAGGCAUCUAUGGGAAUGCUUCGAGCAUUUCUUUCAGAAGUACAGGAUACGAUUCCUGUCCAAUUGGUGGCUGUUACUGAUAGUCAGGCAGACUUUUUUGAGAUUGAGGCUAUCAAAGAAUUAAUGACAGAAGGUGAACAUAUAGCUACUGAGAUUACAGCUAAAUUUACAGCUCUGUAUUCUUUAUCUCAAUAUCAUCGUCAGACUGAGGUUUUCACAUUGUUCUUCAGUGACGUUUUAGAGAAGAAAAACAUGAUUGAAAAUUCUUAUAUGUCUGACAGUACAAGAGAGGCAACACAUACAAGUGAGGAUGUUUUCCUGCAUUCUCCCAGAGGAGGUGCUCUUACGUACAAUUACUAUCCAGAUUCAGAAGAUGAUACUGAAGCCCCACCUCCUUACAGCCCUAUGGGGGAUGAUGUACAGCUUAUCCCAAAAGAUCGAUUCGAUUUGGAAGGUAAUGAAUACCCUGUUCAUAGCACACCACUUAACUGUCACGAUCAUGAACGCAACCAUAAAGUGCCUCCUCCAAUAAAGCCAAAACCAGUUGCACUCAAGCCCAAUGUGAAAAAACUAGAUCCAAACCUGUUAAAAACUAUUGAGGCAGGUAUUGGCAAACCAAGAAAAACUAGAACAACUCUGGCACCAUCUGAUGAUCUAGAUCAAUCUGAUAAUUAUGCAGAACCUAUAGACACCAUUUUCAAGCACAGAGGUGUUACUGAUGAUAUCUACGCAAUUCCAGAUGAUAGUCAGAAUCGCAUGAUUAAAAUUCGAAACUCAUUUACUAUAAAUAAUACCCAAGGAGAUGAAGAAAAUGGAUUUCCUGACAGAAUGUCAAAGACCCACGGCGAAAGAAGACCUUCAAAAUACAAAUACAAAUCUAAAACACUCUUCAUCAAAGCCAAAUCUUAUUAUAGGAGAGCACAUUCAGAUGCAAGUGAUGAUGAAGCUUUUACAACAUCUAAAACUAAAAGAAAAGGAAGACAUCGUGGCAGUGAAGAAGAUCCCCUUCUGUCCCCAGUGGAAACAUGGAAAGGUGGCAUUGAUAACCCUGCUAUUACAUCAGAUCAAGAGUUAGAUGAUAAAAAGAUGAAGAAGAAAACUCAGAAAGUAAAAGAAGACAAAAAAGUAAGAUUUUUUAAACUAACUUUUAUUUUAACAAUGCAUUAAGUUCUUUUUGGAAUUGUGCAAGUUGGUCUUAUCAAAUGUUGAUUGCAUUGUCUAGCUGGGAAAAGGCCCCAUGGAAAAUUGGAUGGAGGGAUCUUGCAUCAAAGGGACACAAGAUUCCUCAGUCUGAUUUGGGGUGAUUUCCCUUCUCUUCCUUGGAUGAUUCAGAGUGCUUUGUUUGGUAGGUCCCCUUGAUGCCUGAAGAAGCUUUUCAGAGGUAUAAAGGGGCGUGGGGGGAAGGGAAAGAUAGUUUCAGCUCAUGCAGUGUUGGUUACAACCCAAUGCCUUUGUUUCAUAUCGCAGAAUCUUUUUAGGAAUGUCAGCUAUAUUUCUGGUUAGAUUUGACAAAUUUAUAUAGAAGGCUAUUCAGACUGGCAUAUUUUAGUGACUAGGAUAAUGUUACUCCUAUUGGUGAAUGCACUGCUGUUGUUGGGCUCAGGUUUUUGAUUUGUUUUUUAAUUAGAAAGCGGCAUGUAUUCAGUGCACAGCAGGUUUAGCAUAGUCAGUGCUUUAUUACUGGCCAUUGUAAAGAUAAUAAAUAUGUAGCGUUUCAGAUGUCAGUGAGGUCAACAUUUGAAAUAACUGUUUUGUGAACUUUGUAUGUUGAAUGUGGAAAGGGUGGGAGGAGAAAUUGUUCCUUGCAAACUAAUACGGUUAUUUGUGAAUUAUCAGCUAUUCCUUUAUGGUCUUGUGCUGUGUUAGAUCAGAUCUAGUCCAGUGUUGUGUUGUCCUGGCAGUGGCCAGCUGUGAGUCUUACACAUAACCAGGAUACAGUGUUGUUAUAUAGAUGUGUAUUGCCAUUGGGCAUAGUAGGUUGUUGUGCAAUCUUUGGGCAAUCAACUUGUGAAACUCUUCUGUGAUUGCACUUUUGGAAAGAGUGUUGUAUGCAAAAGAGUACUGUGCAGGGAGGAACCCCUGCAUCAAAACCUGCCUAUGACACUAUUUAGCUCUCUCUCCAGAUAAUUAUUUGACACAGGCAGUUGAAAAACUUUACUGAAUAAAAGUGUGCAUUGCAGAUAAAACGUUUUGCCAGCUUUCUACAUGUUUUAGUAGCUUGUAUGGUUAGUUUUGAAAAGAUAUUGGCCCCGAAGGACUUUCGUGGGGAUUAGUUCUGGUUUUUCUAAUAUUUCCUGUGCACAGAGAAGCAGUUUUAAAAAUAUUAAAUAUUGUUUAGAGUAAUAAUUCUAAAAGUAUAUAUAGUGCAGGCAAACUGUCAGAUUUUAGAAUUGCUUUAUAGAAUUGCUAUGUCUUGGUACUGAUUAUUUCUUUAUAUAAAAGAAGUUCUUUGGGCAAAGUUCUCUGGGCAGCAUUGAUAGAGUAGGAGAUACUAGAAGGACAUCUGUAGAAAAUACUGAGUAAGCAAGAAAUUAACCUUUACAGCUGUUACACUACUUGCAGAAAUUGCUUCAGCUCAAGCAGUGGAAAAAGCAGCCACUGGUUAUUGGCUGCCUAAGAAAUGGAGUCAGCCUGGUGUAUUACUACUUACUUGUAAACUUUCACAUUUUAAAAAGUUUCUGUAACCCAUAGCCAGAGCUUUCCAAACUGUGUUUCACGACAUGUUAGUGUGUCGGCUGAAGUGUGUAGUGCGUCACGCAAAUGCUCCCCGUGCUCCUCCCAGGGCUGGAAAGGGAGAGGGCAAUUGGUUUGCAAAUGAUUUACUGAGGAGGUUAUUUGAGUAAAAAUUAGGAUGAAAUCCUGGCAUAUCAUUAAUGCCUAUCCUGACUUCUGCCUUGUACAGUACUUUAAUGCAAAAAAUGCAAAAAGCAAAAAAGGUCAAAUAUGAGUUUAGUUUAGUGGUAGCUGCUACAAUGCCAUUCUGACCCAUGUGAGAUAAUCUCCCAGCAGCUACCAAUAGGCUCCUCAACAUCUUCUAUGAGCCUCAGAUCUUUCCACAUGAGUCCAACAAAAUGGUUCUCCUUCAGUUCCUAUACCAAACAGUAACAUUGAAUGAUGCCCUUUCUUACAACAUUAACAAAAUGAGUAGGUUUGAUAAUUUCAAAGAGUGAAGCUUUUAAAAUAAUAAUCACAAAAAUGGGAAAAUGUUUGUGCAGAUAUUUCUAAAAGAAAGCCAAUGUGAGCUGGUGAAUAGUAUGUUGGCCUAAAUGUAAGGCAUCAUUUAUUAACCUCAGAUCUGUGCAAUGCAUAUAGUGUUGGCUUGCUUUACAGUUUUAUUAUAGAGAACGCAGGAAAUUUUGUAAAUAGUUUUUUCCUCUAAAAUAGCUAUCAUUGUGGUUAACUAUAAACAGCUUAAUAUUGUCUUGUCAUUUUGUUAAUUUGUUUCAGGACACUUAAUUUUGUACAGUGUGGGAAAGAAAAAAGGUGGAACCAUAGUUCAUCUUCACCAGUUUAAAGUAUUUCCCUUCUGAAUGGAGCUAUCACACUUCAUAGAAACAUACUAUUUAGUGUUUUGCAUUGUAGGUCUUGAGAAAUAGGAGCUAGCAUCCAAAGGCACACAAGUGAAGUUCUGCUUGCACAAGGGGAGAUUCCCCACUGUUGCUUGUUUGUGUCCUGAAAGGCCAUGCCAGAGCAUGCCACAGAAGGAAAGAUAUGUCAUAAACAUUUUAAGAAGUGGCCUGUUGGGCUUCAGUUGGAAAUGGAAAUUGGCAAAAAAUGUCCUGCGACUUGAUAUUUAAGCCACAGUCGUAUAAACCCUUAAGUUUAAUAUGGUAUUCCAAACCAUAUAGUGCUAUGUGUUGUGGAUGUUCAGUUGAGCAGUUAGGCUCAGCACAGGAAGCAACUGUGUAAUUGAGAUUGCUUUUAUUAGGCAAACACGCACAUGCACACGAUAUACACACACUAUUUGCAGUUGCUAUAAAAUGUCUUCACUCUCUGAGCCCAGAGAUGGUUCUAGUUUACAAAGUCCUUAGUGAAACAAAGUCCACGUAGCAAGUGCAAAGCCCAGUUGCUAACAGAAUCCUGCAAGUGCCAGAGUUCUCCAAGUCCAGAAGUCUUGGAAGUUGUCCAGCUUCCCUCAAGCGAGCUCUUCACAAAGUGUUCCACAUUUUCACAGGAUUGUUCCUAUAGUCAUUUCCACGUUUCCCACAGAUUCUCCUGUACUGUUCAACAAUGAAUGCUGUAAUCUGAGAUUGAGCCCUUUUCUACCCAGUGUUACUUGCUAGGUUGCCCAGCAACUUAGAUAAGACAGUCAUAAGAUGCUGCAGCUAGGGGGUGGGGGCAUUUCUGCCUAUUCUUGGACAUUUAAUUUACCCUUUAUUGUUUUCUUAUUAAAAGAAGAAAAUACAUACAUUGAACCAUAAUAUAGAAAAUUACCAUUCUUUCCAUCUAUAUACCUAAGUAAUAUUCCAUAUAUUACAAAGGAACUUUAAAAAAAAAGGAAUUUCAGAAAACAACACAAUCAAAGCCAGCCUCCCAUAUGUUGCGUAGCUUUUUAUCAUCUUGUAUGAAUUUGAGUGCAGAAAGAUUUUAACAUUGUUGAAAAGCUUGUUUGCUCUCUUUAUUGAAUACAUUAUAAAUUAAUAUAUUCAAAAUUAGUUCUGUUACUAAGAUUCUUUUGUUACAGGUAUGAUUUUAUGUAGAUAUUAUUAAUUUUUUACUUUCAUUAGUGACAUACUUGGCUAAGACUGCUGUUGUUUUCUUGUAGCAAAAAAAGAAAACCAAGACAUUUAAUCCACCAACUCGUAGAAAUUGGGAAAGUAAUUACUUUGGAAUGCCCCUGCAGGAUCUGGUUACACCUGAAAAACCUAUACCACUCUUUGUUGAGAAGUGUGUGGAUUUCAUUGAAGACACAGGUAGGACACAAGUUGGAGCAUCAAUAACAUUUUACUAUUUCUUGGUAGUUAACUAUAAAAGUCUUGUUAGCUUCUCAUCAUUUUAUACUAUGUGGUAACAGAAAUAACAAGUGUGCGCUGAGGACUGUAUACUUUCACAUAUUUCAUAGAAUCAUAGAGUUGGAAGAGACCACAAGGGCCAUCGAGUCCAACCCCCUGCCAAGCAGGAAACACCAUCAGAGCACUCCUGACAUAUGGUUGUCAAGCCUCUGCUUAAAGACCUCCAAAGAAGGAGACUCCACCACACUCCUUGGCAGCAAAUUCCACUGUCGAACAGCUCUUACUGUCAGGAAGUUCUUCCUAAUGUUUAGGUGGAAUCUUCUUUCUUGUAGUUUGGAUCCAUUGCUCCAUGUCCGCUUCUCUGGAGCAGCAGAAAACAACCUUUCUUCCUCCUCUGUGUGACAUCCUUUUAUAUAUUUGAACAUGACUAUCAUAUCACCCCUUAACCUCCUCUUCUCCAGGCUAAACAUACCCAGCUCCCUUAGCCGUUCCUCAUAAGGCAUCGUUUCCAGGCCUUUGACCAUUUUGGUUGCCCUCCUCUGGACACGUUCCAGUUUGUCAGUGUCCUCCUUGAACUGUGGUGCCCAGAACUGGACACAGUACUCCAGGUGAGGUCUGACCAGAGCAGAAUACAGUGGCACUAUUACUUCCCUUGAUCUAGAUGCUAUACUCCUAUUGAUGCAGCCCAGAAUUGCAUUGGCUUUUUAGCUGCCGCGUCACACUGUUGGCUCAUGUCAAGUUUGUGGUCAACCAAGACUCCUAGAUCCUUUUCACAUGUACUGCUCUCAAGCCAGGUGUCAUCCAUCUUGUAUUUGUGCCUCUCAUUUUUUUUUGCCCCCCCCCCAAAAAAAAGGGUUUACCAAAGCAAACCCUUGAAGGAUCAGUGCUUUUUAAUUUGUUCAUAAAUAUUGUAGAGUUGGGGUAAGUAAUGUGAUAGCCAAAUUGGCUGAUGCUACUGAAUUGUCACUAAAACAAUUUUAGGGUCACUAAAACAAAAAUAAAGAUCGUGGAGUGCUCCAAACUCAGGGAAUGGGUGAUAAAAUGGAAAAUGCAAUUUAUUGUAAACAAGUGUAAAGUGAUACAUAUCUGGACUUAAAAAACAACAACCCCUUAAUUUCAUAUAUAUGCUCAUGGGGUCUGAAAUCGUAUUGACUCUGGACAGGACUUUGGGGUUAGAGUAGAUAGCUUUAUGAAGAUGUUCACCCAGUGUGCAGCAGAUUUAAAAAAUGACAAAUUCCAUCCUAGGGAUCAUAGGAAAGGAAUUGAAAAUAAAACAGCCAAUAUAACAGUGCUGUUGUGCAACUGUUUAGAAUACUGUGUACAGUUCUAGUUGCCUCAUCACAAACUGGAUAUUGUACAUUUGGAAAAGGUUCAGAAAAGGCCAACCAAAAUGAUCAAGGGUUUGAUUGGAGCAACAGUGUGUAAAAUUAUGCAUGGCAUAGGGAAAGUGGAUAGAGAAUAUUAAAUGCAGUGCAAUUAUUAUGCAGUAGAUUAUGGACAUUACCCCUACUGGGGGCAGUGAUGGUCACUAGUGUGGAUGACUUUAAAAGAGGAUAAGACAAAUUUAUGAAAAAUAACCUGGACUAAAUCUGAUAGAUACUUUUUGCCUCCACUAUUGGUGGCAGUGUGCUUCUGAAUUCCAGUGGCAGUUAUGUCCUACUUGUGUCCUUCCCUUAGGCAUCUGGUUGGCCACUGUGAGAGCAGGAUGUUAAACUGGAUGGGCCAUGGGCCCCAUCCAGCAGGCUCUUCUAAUGUUCUUAUGACUCCUGGAAUAUGGAACUGGGAGGAGAGCAGAUUUCUUCUACUCCUGUACAUGCUGCUGAUGGUCUUUUCUCUGUUGUCUUGUGGUCUCCUCUCCCUACCUGACUACAUUUCCCUGACUUUGCUCAGUUGGCCUCAACCACAGACUUAGGUUUGCUGAAAAAACUGAAAUCUAACAUACAGAAAAAUCACUUUUAAAACAUGUUGUUAAUGCAAAUGUAAGCAUGCAAGAUUCCAACGAAACUUGAAUUGGGAUCUAUAGGAUUAGUGUGAUUUCUAUCUUCUGCCUACCUUUGUUCUAAAGUGCUAUAUAAAGCUAAAUAAUGUGAAAUGAAGAGAUGUUACUAUGAACUUUUUGAUACUGCUCUGCAUGCAUUUCCACUGAAAUACAACAAAAAUAAUGCAAUUCAGCCCCACUUCAUGAAACAGCAGCCAAAACUCAAGAAAGGCUUGGGGGGGCAGUAUGCUAAAGUUGGAGAAGGGAUGGCAAGCCCCAUUGCACAAACAGCAUUCCCCUUUUGUUAUAAGAAGAGUGCAACCCUGCUUAUUAAAUUAUAUCAGUACUGUACAAUGCCUUCAAGACUGAAGCAGGUGCUGCAGGUUUGAAAAAAUUCAGCUGAAAUAAUCUUUUAAGUGGCUUAGAUUUUGUUCCCUCCCAACCCCCAUUUAUUUCAUAUAUGAACAUUCAAUACAUUUAUGGAUACCAGUAUACAGACCUACCUAGAAGUAAGUCUCAUGGAACUCAAUAGGACUUGCUUCAGAGUAAACAUGUAUGGAGUUGUGAUGUGAAUGUCUACAUCAAAUUAAACAAUACCUUCUUUAAGAAUAACAGAGGCCAAAAUGAACAAACUUAACAUUCCUCUUUCAGUCACAGCUCAUUCCAUUGAUUGUAAACCUUGGUAGGAAACUGUUUUAGGAAGUAAAGCAGACCCAGCAUGUCUUGCCUUGUUGCCAGUAAAAGGGAAUUGCUUCAAUGACUCGUUUAAUAAGUGUUGUUGAAAUAGUUUCCUUUAGCUGGCAGUAAACCUGAGUACGCUGCAUUGUGCACUCGUUAAAUGUUACGUUUGAAUAACUGAAUGAGUGGGCAGCUCAACUAUUUUUGUGUGCAGGAGCAAAGAUUGUACACUUGUAUGUAAUAUAUUACACUACUCAUAGGUAGCAUGAUUUAUGCAGCUCAGGACUCAGUUUGUUGGCUUCUAGGCCAGAGCAAAAAGUAACACAGUGAUUUUAACAGUGUUCUGUAGGAUCAGUUUUCAUUUGGGAUUAAGUUGUAGUCAUCAAUUGAUCCAGGUGCUUUAUUAGAUUUUGAGAAUUCAAGCUGCUUAGGUGCCGAUCGCACUUUGUUGGCUUUGGACAAGAUUUCCUUGCAAAGUUUUUCAAUUUGAUAGCCUGUACUAACUUAUGUGGGGGACGCGGGUGGCGCUGUGGGUUAAACCACAGAGCCUAGGACUUGCUGAUCAGAAGGUCGGCGGUUCGAACCCCUGUGACAGGGUGAGCUCCCGUUGCUCGGUCCCUGCUCCUGCCAACUUAGCAGUUCGAAAACAUGUCAAAGUGCAAGUAGAUAAAUAGGUACCGCUCCGGUGGGAAAGUAAGCAGCGUUUCCAUGCUCUGCCCUGAUUCUCCAGAAGCAGCUUAGUCAUGCUGGCCAUAUGACCUGGAAGCUGUACCCUGGCUCCCUUGGCCAAUAAAGCGAGAUGAGCGAUGCAACCCCAGAGUCGGUCACGACUGGACCUAAUGGUCAGGGGUCCCUUUACCUUUACCUUUUUACUAACUUAUGUAGCAGUGUUUUAACAGCAACCUUUAUCUCCAUUGUUUUAUUUUUAAGUAGAGUCAGUAAUUUUAAUAACAUUCGGAAUGCAUGAAAACUAGCAUGUAUAUUAUUACACUUGCAAUAAUAGCUAACAUUUAAAUAACUACCAAUGGUAUACCAAGUAACGCAUUCCAUUUGUGGAAGAAUUUAGUCUUGUUUAGUGGAAUGCCCCCCUUCUCCUUCCAAUGCUAGGAGUUCCCUCCACUCUCAGGGGUUAGACUAGAUGAUCAUUGGGAUCCCUUCCAACUCUACAAUUCUAUAAUACUGUGACUCAAAUUAGAGGUUAACUAUCUGGCAAACAUUUUUAUAUCUGGAAUAUUUCACCUACUAAUUAUUUAAGAAAAGUCUUUUUUAAAAAGCAUCUUUUUAUCUAUCCUGUGUUCAGUUUUUGACAGCUUUUCUUCCCCAUGAAGCUUGUAUUUCCUUUUGUGAUUCAGUGCAUAUGAUAUGUGUUGAGUUAGGAGCAUUUGUAAAGUGAGGUGGCUUAUUCUUUGAGUAGUUCUUUUAAUUAAUAGAAUUUUUCAAAAUGAAGCAUAACCAAAUACAGUUAAACAAGACAAACAAAAUCAUUAUAAACCAAUACAACAUGUUAUUUGUGUACAAGGGAGAGAAUGUGAAAUGUGGGGCAGAAAAGUUGGUGGUCCAGACCCAGCACGGUGCUCAGACAUUUCAGAUAUCAGAGAAUUUCCCAUCUUAUGUUUAUAGAAGGCCACUUUCUCAUAGACACUAUCUGUGACUUCUUCCAGUAUUGAAGCAUUAGACAUUUAGCCACCAUAUUGUCUGUUUGUCAGGAUCCAAAGGACUGGUACACAUGAUUCAGUAGAACAUUAACAUCUGUAAUUUACAAGGAGGUAUCAAAAGCCAUAUUUAUGUGGCUGCUGACCUCUGACCAAAAGACUGUGGCUUUAGGAGAAAACCAAAUCAUGUGACAAGAGUGUUGCUUGUGGGGCAUUACAAUGCCAGCACCUGUCAGUGCUAGUUAAGUUUUUGCUAAAAAGACUUUGUAGAUUCCAGUAAAUGCUGACAAUUUUUUUUUUCUUGUCUCAAACAUUUGACUAGGUUUAUAUGAGUGAGGGUGUGGGUGGGAUUGAAAAAGUGAAGAGGGAUUAUGGGAAAUCAAAUCACAUACAUUGGCACAAGGGCUUAUUCAUAACAGUCGUUAAGGCUGUAAAUUAUGUAUGCAUUUCCUUUUUUAAUGGUGAUUAAAAUAUAAAACUUUCUGAGAGCAAGUAGUAGAGCAUGUUUUGUUUUUAAAAGAGUCUGAUGAUUAAUCGCACUAUGAAUUAGAAUUAGCUUACUAUUUUUACAACCAUUGUUUACUCUGAAGUAAUCCCCACUGAAUUGAAGCUGAGGGUUGCUUUCCUUAAAGCAUUCUUAGGAUUGCAAAUAAACAAGAAAUCAAACCAUAUUAAUUGAAGAAAUCAAUAGUGCAAGUCUUGUAUUUAAGCCCUAGCCUGUUAGCUGCAGGCAACAAGGAAUUACAUGCAAAUAUGAAGAUGGAGUUUCAUGCAGGCAUGUGAGUAGAGUGCUCUAAGAGGGAUGGAGUGUUCUAUCUCUCAUCUACAUCUCGCAUAAUAACCAAAUGGACGCCUCCUCUGUAUCAGAAUAGGAAGGCUGCUCUAUAGCAGAGGCCAUCUAGUAAAGCAUUCGGCAGGCUACUUGUUGAACUCAUGUUCAAGAGUGUGAUAGAUAUUUUAAUACGAAUUUUGCUUAUGCUUAAAUAAUAACUUUUCGUUUGCAAAAUAUAAACAUGUGACAUUUGCUUUCCACCCCCAAAGGUCUAUGUACUGAAGGUCUCUAUCGUGUUAGUGGGAAUAAAACUGAUCAAGACAACAUUCAGAAGCAAUUUGAUCAAGGUAAUGGGAGAUAUGAUGCAUAUCACAAAUAAUUUUUGGUGUAUCAAACCCUGCAGUCUAAUUUUUGCAUUCCAAACAGAUAAUCAUAGAAGCUGGAGAGUGUGCAUUUGUAUAGUUAUAUGAAGUACAAAUUACGAUUUGAGUGUUAAUGUAUUGAGAACAUGCAGUGGUAAGCAGUGUGGUAAUUGUAUAACUUGUUCAUUUACUGUUUAGAUCUGUAGCCUGCUUUUCUACAAGUUGAUUACAGUAAAGUUGAUAACAUUAAAAUAAGCCAAUUCAAUUUGAAAGUCACAAUAAUUUAUCAAAAACAGCAACAUCUAAAUAAAACCCCGCCCCUUCCGUUUCCUACUUGUCCCCUCCCAAAAUUCUGAGUGGUUGAUCUAUAACUGAGCUGUACAGGUAGUAAAGCAUAAUUUUACUGUAACAACUGUCAAUUUGGUUCUAACAGUGAAGCGGAUUCAUUCUUUGGAAAUGAGAUUUCCAAACUUUCAGACAGGAGUUUUCCCCAGGCCUCCCUCAAAAUGCCAGAAAUUGGGCAUGGAACCUUCUGCAUUCAAACCAUUGUUCUCUGUUACUGAGCUCAGAAGAUUAGGAAGACUUUCUGCUUCUGAGUGCCUACAAAACUUAACAUGACAUUAGAUUUGUUUUGUACUUUAUUUAAGUGUUUCAGUCAAAACUUCCACCCUUGAAUAUGGAGUGGGUCAGAGUUUUUAAUUAAUACAAAUCAUAGUUGGCCGUCAGGGACAUUUAAUUUGUGGACUCCUGAUUUGAUGAGUAAAUCAGUAAUUUAUUCCAGAUUUUCCAUUUUACCAAAAAAUGAUAAUUCUUUCAUGUUGUCUCAAAACCUUGCACUUCUACUAAUGAUGCACAGGUUUGUGGUUUAACUCUCCACCAAAUUUGUGUAUCCUAAAUAUUUUACUUUGAUGAUAUAACAGUUCUGGUAUCAAAAAAUUAGUAACUUACUGUCACAUUUUUUUAAAAAGUGAUUUUUUUUGUAAUUUAGCACAAAUACACUUUUUGUAUUGCUUGCAAAGGAGAAGGUUUGAAUUGGAGAGAAGGCAGUGCUUUAGUCUUGUAGACUUUAUUAUUUUUUUAAAAGUUAUCCUAUAACUUUGGAAUUUGUGGGUUCCUCCUCCUUCACCAGUUUUAAGUGUGAAGGUUGAUGAUGUGAUAAAUAAUCCAUUGCCACCUUAACACAAGGUUUUUCUUUUCAAGUACCAGGUUAGAGUUUACUUGCACAAUAAAUAAAUAGAGUGUAUAACUUUGCAAAUAAAUUAGGCUAACAUCCAGUGGUGUCCAUGCCUCAGCAAAAGGAACUUCUGCUCAUGGGAUGGGAGUUAGUGUUCCUCUCUGCCUUCCUCCCAUGCCCCCUCCCCACAAAAUUAGAUCCAGUAGGGUUGUGGAACAGCAAUCUAUAUGCAAAGUACCAUUUCAUAAGCAGAUGUCUGCUUGCACAAUGUUGGAUUUCAGCCUUAGUCUGUACAGUUCUCUUGUGGGGAAUAAUCUUGGUUGCUGAUAGCAUGGUGUAAGAAUAUAUAGUCCCUAUUCCUAACUAUGAAAGGGGGAUAAAUUCUGAUAAUGCUGAUUAUGGUUGGUGUGGGAGUGUAUAAAACCCCAGGGCAGCCUGUCAUUUUCAUAACAUCUGAAUAGAUGAUUUAUAAUAUUGAUAAUUAUGAUCAGUGCUUAUGGCAGACAAGUCUACAAUAGCCCAUUAUUCCAGGGUAAUUUAAAUUGAGUGGUCAAUGGCUGAUUUGUAUUUAUAGUUCAGUACGUCAUUUUUAGAAAUGCGUAGUUAUGGCUCUCAUUAAUAAAAUACUGUUUUGUGUUGUUUUACAGAUCAUAACAUCAGUCUGGAAUCUAUGGAUGUGACAGUAAAUGCUGUGGCAGGAGCUCUGAAAGCUUUCUUUGCAGAUCUACCAGAUCCUUUAAUUCCUUAUUCACUGCAUCCAGAAUUAGUUGAAGCAUCAAGUAAGCAAUUCUUUUCCCCCCCUUUUUUGUGGCACAUGUUUUACUGGUUAAAACAUUAAAUCCAAGUCUUGGAAAAUUUAAAUAAUUGAAAUAACUGUAAGAUGUUAUACUGAUCACUUUCUAAAAAGAAUGUGUUAUGCUGCUUCAGAUAACUGGUAUGAUAACCUGUUUGUUGUCUUUGAACAUGCUGUUUGCUAAAGAAGUAGUAGUGCAGUGGAGGGUUCUUCUCAUAGAAGUCAGGAAAUUUAUUUUUGCUGAUUUCUAUUCGCUUGGCAGCCUUCCAAGCCAUCUCCCAUGUUGUUCCAAAGGCCCCCGCCCCACUGCAGAGCAGAUUUUUGACUUCUGUGGGUGCAAAUAGCUCAUGAGGGAAACAAAAUUUGGUUAAAAUUGUCUUUCCAUUAGCAGGAGUGUUCAGUGAGUGGAACCCACUCCCAGUCUUCUGGAAUAUAUUUUGUUUCUGAAUAUCUUUGGAAAAUUCCAAUAAAUAGGAAAAUCUGCUUAUAGUGAUAAAUAUUGAAGUAAAAUUCAUUGGUGAUGUUUGUCUAUUAUGGCUAUAUAACACAUAGUGGCUGCACUUCAGAAAACCAUAAGCAUGUAACAUUCCCAGCUGUCUUCUCUGAAAAGCAAAGAUUUGUGCUUGUGAAUAUAUGUGAAAACUUCUGCCACCCAUGCAAAAAACCAUGCAUGCUGUUUAAAAGCACAGAUCAUUGCCAUUUUAUAGCUAAAUGUAGAAUUACAUGAGGAAGCAACAUCCUUUAUAACUUACUGCUGACUUCACUUCCCAGGGAUUUUAUUGAAAACAAGAGUUAGUAAAACGCAUCCUACUAAAGCAUUUAAAAAUAUUGCUAGCAGCUCUUCCACAAAGCUGAAUUUUACAGUUCCCUGUAAUUUCUCUGUAAAGAUAACUUAUGCAGCCAUUUUAUAAUAGUGAGUGUGGUAAUUAGAGAGAUUUCUAAUAGGUUUUGUAGUGUUUAUCAUCUGAACAAAUUAAUACAUUCAUCCAUGAAUAAGAAUCACAUUUGUGGAACUUUCCACUGUGAAUAAAUGUUCUAAAAUUCUGUGCACAUAGUUUCAAACUUUAUGAAACUUGCCUGCCCCCUUGCCUGGAUAUACCCACAAAAACCUAUCAACAUUAUUUGGAGUACCAGUUGAACACCUUCUUUCUCAGCCCCACCAAUCCCUAGGCAAAAAUCCAGGUUGCUACCUGCAUUUGAGACUCCACUCGCUUGUCUAUAUGCUUGUUUUCUAAAAAAUAUGCUGUAAGAAUAUUUUGUGGCUUCAGUACUGCCUUCCUAUAAAUCAAUAAAAGCAUUUAAUACAUGUUCAUUCAUGCAUUUGUAAUCUCAAGAUUGACUACUGUAAUGCUCUUUAUGUGGGACUAUCCUUGUAUCUUUUACAGAAACUGCAGCUAGUGCAGAAUGUAGCAGCCAAACUGCACACAGGAGGAGGCAAUUGGCAACAUGUUACCCAGUUGCUCAGAGAGCUGCACUGGUUGCCAAUUUGCUACUGGGCCAGGUUCAGAGUUCUUGUGUUAAUGCACAAAACCCCAAACAACUUGGGCCCAAAAUACUUUUAAGGACCUGUUAGGUUUCCAAGGGGUUGCUUGAGAGCAAGCAGGCAAAUACAGUGGUGCCCCGCAAGACGAAUGCCUCGCAAGACGGAAAACCCGCUAGACGAAAGGGUUUUCCGUUUUUGAGUUGCUUCGCAGGACGAAUUUCCCUAUGGGCUUGCUUCGCAAGACGAAAAUGUCUUGCGAGUCUAGAGAUUUUUUUUUCGCUUCCCCCCCCUUUAUCUAAUCUGCUAAGCCUUUAAUAGCCUUUAAUAGCCUUUUAGCAGCUAAUCCGCUAAGCCUUUAAGCCUUUAAUAGCCGCUAAACCGCUAAUAGCGCUAAUCCGUUAAGCCGCUAAUAGGGUUGCUUCGCAAGACGAAAAAACCGCUAGACGAAGACUCUCGCGGAACGGAUUAAUUUCGUCUUGCGAGGCACCACUGUACCUCCCUGCUCGGCUGUGAAGGCCUGCUUUUGGUGCAAAAUAAACUUUAUCUGUCCAGAGCACCACUCUCCCGUGGCUGACUCAUUCACUGGCAGAAUCCGUGAGUGGGCGGGGCUUAAACUUUCCCCAGCAAAGUAAUUUCUUGACGCCCAGUCUGCGCCUCCCCUCUCGGUGCGAAACCUUACUGCGCAAGGAGGGCGUGAGUAAUGGUGGACCUCUCCCCUCCCCGCUUUGCCCAGGCAAGGUGUCCUGGCAACGCCUCGCCUCCUCCGAACCCUGCAGCUCCUCUCCACUGGAGGUGUGGUUACUCUCCCCCGCAGAGGAGGAGCUGCUUUCCACGAUCUUUGGGGGCUCUCUGUAAUCCAUCUGGCUUUUCCUCUCUCCCUCCUGAACCGAUGGCAGUUACCUGACAGGACCUAUAAUGUGGCAGGCCCUGGCAACUCCCUGCCAGUACAGAUUCAACAGGAAUCAUUCCUGCCUUUUUUAAGAAAUCACCUAAAAACAGUGUUGUUUAGUAGAUGCGCCUUUGAAAAGUGAAUUUAUUUUACAGCAACCAGUACUUAAGGAUUUUUAAAAUGUUUUAUUGAUACUUUAAUUUCAUUGUAUCUUCUGUAUGGUGUACACUGCUUUGCUGUGUUUUUAGAAGUCUCUGAGAGAGGGACUCUACUUUUGAGCAUUUUCAAAUUGAAACAGUCCCUAGCAUUUCUUGCUGCCUCUCUUUCUCUCUCAACUCUCUCAAAAUUAGCCUAUACAAUGGUACCUCAGUUUACGAACUUAAUCCCUUCUGGAAGUCGGUUCUUAAACUGAAACCGUUCUUAAACCGAGGCACGCUUCCCCUAAUGAGGCCUCCCGCUGCUGGUGCCCUUCCACCAUUUGGCUUCCGUUCAUAGACCAAGGUAAAGUUCACUAACCGGAACACUAUUUCUGGUUUUGCAGAGUUCGUAUACCGAAUAGUUCGUAAAUAGGGCUGUUCUUAAACCGAGGUACCACUGUAUGAGGAAGGAGGGUGAGAAACUGACAGCAUAGAAUACUUGAUCAACAGAGGGCCAUUGUUUAACUUCACAGUUUUGUUAAUACUGUUCACAUUCAAAGCCUUUUUCAAUAUUUGGCAAAAAAAUCCUUUCUUCUGCAGAAAUCCUUGAUAAAACAGAGAGGCUCUAUGAAUUAAAAGAAAUUGUGAAGAAAUUCCAUCCAGUGAACUACGAUGUCUUCAGAUAUGUAAUAACUCAUCUGAACAGGUAUUUGUUUUUCAAAUUAUCUAUUUAAAUGAUUGCUAAUAGAAUUUAGGCUACAGUCCUGUACACUUAUACCUUGUUGUGAAUCCCAUUGGCCUCGGCAUACCUUACUUUUGAAUAUACAUGCAGAGGAUUGCACUGUUCAUUAAUAUCUAUAAGGAAUAGUUAUUUAUACCAUUUUGCCCUGUUUAAACUGCUGUUCUAUGAUAUGCCAGUGACACCCAUGAGCACAUGCAACAUUGGUUUGAAAACUGAUAACGCCACAAGAAAGCCUUGUCUGCAGUAUUCCUGUAACACAUUGUUAGUGUCUAGUGUUCUGUAUGGAUGUAUGUGGAUAUGUAUUGUAGUAAGUAACUGUUACUUCUAUUUUUGAGCUAUGGGUUUUGAUGUGUUUUAUUAACACCAGCCCAUUCUUUCUGGGUAGAUGUUAAUAGAUCUCCCCAAUCUAGCAAUCCAUGCAGAUUCAAAGCAGAUCCAUGGAGUUCUUGUAUAAAACUGUAUGUGGUAGUAAUGUUCACUUGGGGAGAAUGGGUGUGGGUAGACACAAGUCCAAGACUAGUUCUCUUUCAUCCUGCAUUCUGGAUGUAAUGUUUAACCAGAACCUAUAUCUGAAAGUUGCUGCUGCUGGAUGUUUUAAAGCAAUUGUGUGGAGUAUUUCUAAAUGCACUUACUUUUAUCUUCUUAACUUAAAUUUAUGAACGAUUAAUGCUUUCAACAUUUUUAUUCUUAUUGUAGGGUUAGUCAACAAAGCAGAACCAAUCUUAUGACUGCAGAUAACUUAUCUAUCUGUUUCUGGCCAACAUUAAUGAGACCUGAUUUUGAAAACAGAGAGUUUCUAUCAACCACCAAGAUCCUUCAGUCCGUAAUAGAGACAUUCAUUCAACAGUGCCAGUUUUUCUUCUAUAGUGGAGAAAUUUUAGAAACCUCUGACAGUGUGGCACACCAGCCUCCACCUUCCAACCCAGUGCAGAUGGUGGAUCCCAUCAUACCACUACAGUUACCGCCACCUCUACAACCUCAGUUGAUACAACCCCAGUUGCAAGCAGAUCCUCUUGGGAUUAUUUAAAUAUAACAACUGAUAGCAAAAAGAAGAUGAUUGUAGGCAGCUUGGCAUUGGAUAGAAAAGGAAAACUAGACAUGCAUGUUUCAAGAUACAAAAGCAACGAUAGUACUUAUGACAACAUCUGGAUUCAAGCUCAGACCUUUCUGUUGUAGUCAUACUAUACCCCUUGUUUCUUAAACACUGCAGGUCAAAAUUAUCUGAUUAGCAUGACUGGAGCGGUUUAAUUUAAAAAUACAGAACCAGAAAUAACUAAAGUGCAAAGCUGCUGUUGCAUGAACAUUUAUUGCAAUCACUAUCAUUCCUGUGACAGUUUGUCACAAUAUAUUGUGAAUAAAACUUUUCUAUAGAAAUGUAAUGAUUAAAUAAAUCAUUUAUGGAACAUUCAAUGCUUACAGCCUGCUUUAGGGCUGUUUUUGUUAUUUAAUGUCCUUUUUUCCUGGCAGUUUCAUUCCCAUUUAACCCUUUGCUGUGGACAGCUAAAGUAGAGUUGUAUCUUAUUUGUAAAUUCCAAACUACUUAUGCUACAGUACAAUUUGUUUCAGAAAGAACAUAAGCUGUACUGUUAUAAAUACCACACGCUUGUACCUUCCAUUUCUCUUCAAGAAACCUGUGGACAUUUUUGUUUGAGGGGUUGAUAAAAUUAUUUUUUCUUACAGCACAAUACCAAGGACAUGCUUAUUGUAAAAGUGAGUUUAACCAUUGUGCAAAAAUGUUGCUAUUACCUAUUUUUCCCUUAUUUUGUAAUACUGUUAAUUCUGUAAACAGCUGCAUGUUUGAAAGAUCAUUGAUGGUCUUGUAAACCUAAUCUAAUAUAUUUUAGAAAUUUUAAUUUUUCCCACUGGGAAUUCAUCUAGUAUAUAGAAAAUAGUUUGACAUUUUCAUAUAAGGCUAUAUAACUUUUCAUACAUAAAUGAAAAUUUUGUUGUAGUGUAAACUUGCUAAACCAAACGAUUUAGGACUUAAAUUUAACAUAUACGCUAUAUAUAUUUUUCUGUGGCCCUUUAAAGGUAUAAAAAAGCAUUGCUAAUAUAUAGCAAUAAAUACUUUGGGUACUGAAGCAUCUUAAUAUGUACAUAAAAUGAUACUUGUAUUCAUGUGGUUUUCUUUCUGUGAUCUGUUGUACUAAAAUUCAAAAUUACUGUUUUUGCACCAUUUAAAAAUUAUUUUUCUUUUACAUUGGUACAAGUUUUGCUGUAAAAGAAUGCUGCUUAAUUUAAACAUCCUUGGUUAAUCUUUGGUGUUCAGUAAAUGUGAUAGAAGGCUAAUUAUCAUGCAACAAAUUAUUGCAGAUCCUAAAAAUAUUUUUUGAGUUUCUUUCUUGCUCAAAAAAUCAACAACCCCUGAUUUCUUCAGCUGCUGAGAUAUCUUGAGUAGAUGGGAAAACCUUAUAGACACUAUUGUAAUUUUCAUUCAGUUUGCUAUCUAAUAUAGCAAGUAGAACAAUUUUGAAUUUCAACCUUCUUAAGAAUUGAUCUGCAUUUUCAUUUUAAGAAUUAAGUUUCUUAAGAGUUUUGCUCCAUUUCUCAAAAAUAAAAAUUGCCUUUUUCAAUUGUUAUGUCCUAGGUCUUGUACUUCCAAUUAUGACUUGGCUUAUCAUUCUAGCUAAGAUUCCUUAAACAGGCUGCUGUUAAGUAUUUGUAUAUUAUAAAUUAUCUUGAUAUUUGUGUUAUAUUCUUGCAACUAUCUUUUUUAAAUAACAACCACAAAAAACCCUCUAUUCAAAUUCAAAGCACACAGGAUAUAAAUACAAGAAUAAAAUUUCGUCCUAUAAACGUAGUAGCAUUAACUUGUUUUACAUUACAUCUGUUGUCUAAAUAGCUUUUAUUUAUAGCUAUCAGUUUAACAUAGGCAUGUUAAGAAAAAAAAUUAAACUUCAAGAGUUUUAUAAACUGUUUCUAGGUUGCUAAAGAAUUUAUUUUUCUACUAUAGAUGGUUUAAACAAAAGCAUCAAACUGUACAGAAAAAGCUUAUUUCUAUUUCAAGUAGGCUUACAUUUUUCAUUCAUAUCAAUUUAAAGAAUUUGUCUAACAGAAUGAGAGUUGAGAUUUGUUUUUCCACUUAGAAUUCCAUUUUUUUGUAAGCUAGUGUAAUUUAGUUCACCGUGUUGAUAUACUAUUUUAUUACCUAUCAGAUAGGUUUGCAGAACUUGUUUUCAAGUCGUUAUAGACAACUAUUUGAAACAACCUAUUUUUGUUAGGAACUUCUGCUUAUCCUAUAACCAGUUAGAAUGCUGUUCUUUAGUUGGCCUAGAAUAUGAUCCACCGUCAUGGCUGUCACAUCAAAGCAGCCUUUCACAACCUUGUGCCUGCCAGGAUGUUUUGGGUUCCAGUUUCCAUCAGCCCCAUCCAGCAUGAUGAGGGAUGGUGAGAGUUGUAGGCCAAAAUACCUGCAGGGCAUUGGGGUGGAGAAGGCAGCCUUACAGCAAUGCACAGGGCAUACAACAAUGCACAAGUAUGUCUGUAUCUGCAUAUCCCAUAAUCUGAAGGCAACUUUAGCACUCCCUGCUGCUACAUAAAACUCAAUGGUGCCCCUAGGUUGCAAGCUUUGUUAACACUUUGGAAAAUACUUGCAUGUGUCACCUACUUGCUCCUUCUGUUAUCUUUACGUUGAAAUUAAAGCGCUACGGAUGCUACUCAGAAGGCUUUCAGCAACCCACUUUUCUUUUGCCUGUCGUUUUUUUGCUUUAGCAGCUUUUCAUACACACAUACCCACUUAAAACAUUUGGUUGUUAGGUGAAAACAGGAGGCAAAUCAGACACACAUGGUCUUUGGAGGCCAAGUGCCCCAUAUAAUCUGUGAGAAUCCUAUGCAUGUCAUAGAUGUUAUAAACAGCUGACCUACACAGAAUGAUUACUCAUCCCGCAGUUUGGCUUGCUUAUUUUGGCUAGUGAAGCAAUCCUUUAUCGCUUACUCCCUGCCCCCUGCCCCCAUGUUUCAGGUCCUAGACAAUUUGUUGAUAUUGUGAAUUUGGUCAGUUACAGUAAUGUGAACAGUGCUCAACAGUUGUCAGUUUGAUUUCCUCAUGCUUCAUACUGACCUUUGUUAUUUUCUGUGUGUUUCCGAAAUAAACAGUUUAGGCUGCAGUCCUUGGCACUGUUGUGCUUGAGCAAAUUCCAUUGAGAAUCAGUGACAUGGAUUAUGGCCUUAGUCUAUGAUCCUGAGCUUAGUUACUAGGGAGUCAGGCCCAUUGAAGUUGGUGGGACUUAUUUCAAAAUAGCUGUGCUUAGCAUCAUGCUGUUGUGUGUCUAAUGCGUAUUUGAACAUUUUAUGAGUAUGUUUAGUCUCACACAUAAUGCAUUAUAAGUGGUAUUUUAUAUUAAAUGAUGUUUUACAGAUUAUUUUUACAUUACACUCAACUUUAAGGAUUUUAACAUAGUGUAAAUAGGUAUACAACUUUAAUGAAGAGCAACAAUUUUUCUCAUUGUAUGAUUUCUGCAUUACUUGAAUACUGGUCGCUAGAAACUACCAUUGACUUGUUUAUUUUUGAGGUACUGGAGUUUAGUUUCUAAUCUCUCUUUAAAAUGGUAAAGAAAUGAACUAAUUGGAGAACUUUAAAAAUUAGGCCUUAGCUUCCAUUGUGAUUUUUUUUUUUUUUUACAGUAACUGUGAUGCUAUAUCAGCUGAAUAUAUAUAUACUUUUAAAGUUCUUUAUAAUUCAUGUAAUCUUGUCACACCACCUACAGAAUGCUACAGUGAAUUAAAUAUCGGUGAAGCUUAUCUGUAUGCAGAAUGCAAUGAAUAAAACAUUAAGAUGCCUACUGUG